CCUCCUGUCCUAGACUCUCAGGGGUUUCCCCUGCCCACCUCUGCCUCUACCCUUUCCUGUCUCAGCAGGUGGAUCAUGGCAGAGUUCUCCCAGAAGAGGGGAAAGCACCGAGAUGAAGACCCGUUAAGCAGUGCCGUGGACUUCCUCCUGGCUAAUGCCAGGCUUGUACUAGGUGUGGGUGGUGCUGCUGUCCUGGGUAUUGCGACCCUGGCAGUGAAGCGGCUCAUCGACCGUGCUACUAGCCCGCCUGACAAGGAUGAUGGCAAAGAAGAGCAGAAGUCCAUUGAGGAAAGCUGGCAGGAGUUGAGUUUGCUCAAGGCUUCCACGAGACGGCCAAAGCAGAGGCGAGAUGACCUGAGCCAGCCUCUGCCUUCUUCUGCCCAGGCCCCCCAUGUCCCAGAACCAGAACUAUCCAGAGAGCCUGCGGCUGUGACUGUGUCCAAACUCCUCAGCCCCAACCCCCCACCACCAUUAUGCCUUACACUGCAAGAGAGACUCCUCACAUACUAUCAGAACCACGUGGUAGUCUCUGAGUCUGACAUCACCCUGGCCACCCAGCUGGCUGGUGACAUUGCUCAGGAGCUGCAGAGUUACUUACAUGUUAAGUUCCCAGAGCUGCCUUUUGGGGACCUGUCUCUAAGCAGCCCCCUGCACGAUGGGCUGGAGGCCGUGGCCGCUGACCGCACGUGCCUUCUGGUGCCACUGGUGCUAGAGCCCAACCUGUGGAACUUCAUCCCCGGAGAAGACACCAUUGCUAACGACCCUUACUACUGGGUGAUUCGAAGGACUGAGUUGGAAUACUUUCCCCGAGGGAGUAGCCCCUGGGACCGAUUCAUGGUAGGUGGCUACCUCUCCUCCAGCGUUAUUCUCGAGGUGCUCCGCAAGGUCCUGGUGGGCUCUGUUAACUGGCCAGCCAUUGGCAGCAUGAUGGAUUGCCUCAUCCGCCCCGGGGUGGCCUCAGAGGAGCUCCUGCUGGAUGUUCAGCACGACCAACUGGAGCUAAGCAUUGCUAUCUUCCCCACUGCAGCAAGUGAGGAGCGGUCCCUGCUGGCCAAGCCCCAGGAAGGAUUGUUGGAAAACCUGUGGCAGCAGGACUUCUACCAAGCAGAGACCUCUAAGCUGCAGGAGCUGGAUAGUGCAGAUUCUGGUGUCCGACGCCUCUGUCUCCAGCUCCUGCAGGGCAUCUGCAAGCACCAUCCCUCCCUGAAUAGGCUGGGCAUAAACCACUUGGCAGAGGUCAUCCUCCAUCUCAGUGAGACAGAGACAGACUGGGCCGAGGAUUCCUUAGCAGAUCGAUUCCAGCAGGUGAUCACGGAGCUGAUCGGCUACCUGGAGGAGGGGUCCCUUCCCUGCUAUUUUAAUCAGCACAUCAAUCUAUUCAGCAGUUUGCAGGAAUGGGAGAUAGAUGACAUGGGCUUUGCCCUGUAUAAUGCUGUGACAGCACCUGAGCUCUUGCUAGCAUAGACACAAAGGAUUAAUGAAAUGUGAUCUUGGAAGAUUUUUAAAAAUGCUUAGCUCCUUCAGCUCUGGAGGUCUAAGGGGACAGGUAAAGAGCAUUUCUCUUAUGUUCUAGCCAGCCGGCACGAGGUGGACACUUUGGAGAAUAAAAAGAGGGUACAUUUCUUAAGCACACUGAGUUGACAACUUCUUGGGUGUGGAUUGGAACCACCUUAGGGCUCUCUGCCUCAGAGCUCAAAGUCAGCCAAAUCCAAAUCAGCCAAAUGGUGACCAGACCACCACCUCUCUUCACUUGAUUCCUCUCCCUUAGGAAAGACAAAGCUUUGAGUCUUGGACUGAACAGCCUCUCUCUCUUAGGUGGCAGGCAAGAGCCAGAGGACAGAAGAUAUCCUCCUCCCAUACUGUAAACCCAAAUGUGUACUCGGCCCUUUGGGACCACAGUGCAACUGUCUUUGGGUUGGCCACAAAAUGUCACCAGCACUGAACUGAUUACAUGAAAAUCCUGAAUGAUGGGAGGGGGAAGGAAGUUAGACUGACCCAGGAGAAAAUUAUUUAUUUGCACCAAUGGUCCAUUUAUGUUAGUGAUUGCUGCUCUAAAUUUUCUGGUGACAGUAAAGAUAGAGUAUAAUUUGUCUAACUGGGCAAGGAGUUUAAAGCAUCUAAGCCUCUCUGAAGGAAGUAAACAUUUUACUGUUUGACCAUUUUAUGUAGUUUUUCUUUUGCUUAAAAGACUCUUCUGCCCAGUUUUGGCCUGCCUGCGGGUGAUCUCCUCUUCCUUCAGAUAGAGCUUUCUCCAGUGGGAUUUGUAUGCUAUGAGAUGACCCCCUAACCAGGAGAGCUGAAGUCUUUGAUGCUGUGUAUCUUACCUUUGGUAAAGAAGUGUUUUCUAGUGGCUGCUAUUAGAUUAACAAUCAGUUUUCAAAGAGGCCUCGUUUUCAGAACCAGGCUGUUUGUGUGCCAAAAUGUAUUGUUCACAACUAAUGUGUGACUCCUUCCAGUUGGGCAGAGUUGGGUUUUGGUCAUCAUAGGGGGAGAUUUUUUUUUCUGGAGUACUUGAAUUGCCUGCCAUCUUAAUGUCUUUGAUCUCCCCCUGCUGGAAGAAGUCAAUUUCUCAAAAGAUUGUGAUGGAGAAUAAAGCAGAAAAAGAACCUCA